AUGAACCUCGGUUCAGUUCAGUAACCAACGACCAAAACACCCGCCCACCACUUGCCAGUAGUGCUCAAAUAAAUCAUGAUGACCCUCCACGCGCAUCCCGGGGUCUCCAUACUCCUUCAGAGGGUCAGUGGUCGCCGUUCCUGUGUCCCUGCUUGAACCUCACAGUACUGGUUGUUUGCUUCAUCGUCUCCUCCUGGUGUUCUGAUCUACUCACUGUAGUGUACUGCAAUACCUUCAUUCCGCAUCAGCUAGACAGCCCAUCCCACCCCUAUACGACGUACGUCUGUAUACUGCGCAUCGCUGUAUAGCCGGCAGCUUUCUCAUCAUGUCCCCAACCCUCACCCGCGCCGAAGUGGCCAAGAACAACACCGACGAUUCAUUAUGGUGCAUCAUCGACCACAAAGUCUACGACCUAACCGAGUUUGUUGACGCCCACCCCGGCGGGAGUGUGGUGCUGCAACAAUUCGCCGGCCAAGACGCCACAGACGCCUUCUACAAUCUCCACCGUCAAGAAGUCCUACAAAAGUACGCGACUUUGUGUAUCGGUGUCCUCGACGGUGAAAAGCCCGAGGUCAUCGACCCGAAGCCGGGCGAUAUAAGUUCCGUACCCUACGCGGAACCGCUAUGGCUGGCACCAGCUUUCAAGAGUCCCUAUUACAAUGAAAGUCAUCAUAAAUUGCAGCGGGCGUUUCGCAAGUUUGUCGACGCAGAUGUCUACCCGGAAGCACAAGCCAAGGAGGCGGAUGGGACGUAUAUAAGUCAAGAGCUGGUUGAUAAGAUGGCGGCGAAUAACAGUUUGGCUAUGCGCUUGGGGCCCGGGAAACACCUUGCUGGCCUAACAUUGCCUGGCGGCGUCAAGGGUGAAGAAUUCGACUAUUUCCACGAUUUGAUCGUUGCGCAGGAACUCUCGCGGGCGGUGGCACGAGGGUUCCAGGAUGGCAAUAUGGCCGGGAUGAUGAUCAGUUUGACGGCGGUGAGACAGUGGGCUAACGACUCCAGUUUGAGGGAUAGAGUGACGGAGGAGUGUUUGACUGGCAAAAAAUUCAUGUGUCUGGCAAUCACUGAAGCUUUUGCCGGAUCGGACGUCGCUGGCAUAAGGACGACGGCGACCAAGACUGAGGAUGGGAAACAUUAUAUCAUUUCUGGUACGAAGAAAUGGAUCACAAACGGCAUGUUCGCCGACUACUUUGUCACCGGGUGCAAGACAGAGAAGGGGUUUUCGGUGAUAUUGGUGCCCAGGGACGACAACAUCGAGACGAAGCGGAUCAAGACAAGCUAUUCAACGGCCGCUGCAACCACAUUCAUCCAAUUUGACCAUGUCAAGGUGCCGGUAAAUCAUCUACUGGGCAAAGAGGACCAGGGCUUUAUCGUGAUCAUGAGCAACUUCAAUCACGAAAGGUGGGCGAUGGCGUGCUCUGUGAUUCGAUGGAUGCGCACCGUCGUCGAAGAGUGUCUGAAAUGGACGCACCAGCGCGUCGUGUUCGGAAAACCACUCAUCACCCAGCCCGUUAUCCGGCAGAAAUUGGCCAAGAUGAUAUCCCUGACUGAAGCGUGCCAGUCGUGGUUGGAGAGUAUCACCUACCAGAUGAACCAGAUGGACUAUGCGCAGCAGUCGAAACUGCUGGGUGGGCCGAUCGGGUUGUUGAAGUCGUAUGCGACGAGGUGUGCGCAUGAUGUCGCGGAUGAUGCUGUCAAUAUCUUUGGUGGGAGAGGUAUCACGCAGAGUGGCAUGGGAAGGGUGGUCGAGCAGUUCCAUCGGACGUACAAGUUUGAUGCUAUACUCGGUGGCGCAGAGGAGGUGCUUGCUGAUUUGGGUGUGAGACAGGCCAUGAAGCAGAUGCCAAAAGCGAUGCUGUGAUAUUUGUCAUGGAGAGUGACGAUUUGUACAAUGAAUGCACAUGUUUUGCAGCCUUGUGGCGGUCGACGGAAGUCACUGCUGGUUACAGUAAGAUUUGUGGCAUAGAAUUCGGUGUAGAUGCACGACUGGUUACGGUCAGCUGAGGUAAGCACGGCUGAGGUACAGUAGAUGCAGGUGCCAUGAUGUGCCGUCCCAAGUAGGUGAUACAGUAUAGAGUAGUAGUACUCGACUUAGGUUGCGAUGGACAUACCCUGCAAAAGCGUGCGGUCCUUCUGUAGGUACAAUUUCAUGCUCACGGAAAAUUGGAUGUCUGGUGGUGGGCAAGACAAUCAUCAGGCCCCC